AUGUCAAAGGUAGCCGCCGAAGUAAUAGAUGAAGCAAAGGAGCGCGCCCAUUUUCGAGCAGUCGUAAACGCUUUUAAAUAUUAUAAGCUAUGCAGUCUCGAUAGAAUACAUAAAUCUGAAAAAAUGAUCUCAAUGUUGCCACUGAUUCAUCAGAAACGACUCGACAAGUAUAGGGAUUACCUCUUUAAGUUUAAGAAGUGCUUAGAUGUUAAUAAUACAGUAGUAUAUAACAUAAUUGAGGACGUGGAUACGAUGUUCGAAAAUGUCGACCAUAGCGUUGAUACCAAUAAUGGUGUGGAUAGUUUCGGUUGCAACUACAAAAAUUGUGAAAUAUCCUCGCAGAAACAACACAAAAUGCAACAUGAUGUGGAAAAGGUACAAUCCGUUUUGAAGAACAUAGUAAGGGAUUGGAGUGACGUAGGUGCCCCAGAGAGAGAACAGUGCUAUAAACCGAUAUUAGAUGAGCUGGCUGUGCUAUACCCGCUUGACAAAUAUAGUGACAGGUCACAUAUAAAGGUUCUAGUGCCAGGGGCUGGUUUAGGAAGACUCGCAUGGGAAAUAGCGGCCAUGGGGUAUUCGUGUCAGGGGAAUGAGUUCUCCCUGUUCAUGCUGUUUGCGAGUAACUUCAUAUUGAAUAAAUGUCCUCAGGCCAACCAGCAUACAGUAUAUCCCUGGGUGCACCAGUUUGUAAACAACCUGUCCAGCGAGCAUCAGAUCCAAGCGGCCAGCUUCCCGGAUGUGCCACCAUCCACAAGGCACUCCCAUUUCUCUAUUGCUGCCGGGGACUUCCUCAAGGUAUACACAGAAUAUGACGAAUGGCACAGUAUUGCGACUUGUUUCUUCAUAGAUUGCGCUCCGAAUGUCAUUGAGUUUGUUGAAAGGAUAUAUGCGAUAUUACGACCAGGUGGAUAUUGGAUCAACUUGGGUCCACUGCUGUAUCAUUAUAGUGAUAUGCCUACAGAAUUCAGUAUUGAGCCUCCCUAUGACAUAUUAUUGGAUAUAAUUAAAGAUGUUGGGUUCGAAGUUUUGAAGGAAAAAACUGGUGUGAAGACGAAAUACGCACAAAAUCAAAACUCUAUGAUGCAACACGAAUAUAAGUCUGUGUUUUUCGUUUGUAGAAAGCCUUUCAGUGCC